CCAUUCCAUCAUCUCUCCGACAAUCGAUCAAUUUUCUCUUUCAAGCAAAUUAAAUCUUGAAAUGGAGUCUACCGGAAAAGUGAAGAAGGGUGCCGCCGGAAGAAGAGGAGGUGGCCCAAAGAAGAAGCCUGUUUCCCGGUCUGUUAAAGCCGGACUUCAGUUCCCUGUCGGUAGAAUUGGACGGUUCUUGAAAAAGGGACGAUAUGCUCACCGUGUUGGUUCUGGUGCUCCGGUUUACUUGGCCGCCGUUCUUGAAUAUUUGGCUGCUGAAGUGUUGGAGUUGGCUGGAAAUGCUGCUCGUGACAACAAGAAGAACAGAAUCAUCCCAAGGCACUUGCUUUUGGCUGUGAGGAAUGAUGAAGAACUAGGGAAACUUCUUGCUGGUGUAACAAUUGCACAUGGUGGUGUUCUUCCAAACAUUAACCCAAUUUUGUUGCCAAAGAAGACUGGAGGUGAAAAGGCACCUAAAUCUCCAUCCAAAGCUACCAAAUCUCCCAAGAAGGCUUAGAUAGAUUCAAUGGGUGUUAUUAUUUUGGGUUCUUCUGUGUAUGUAAUUCUGUUGUUAGGUGUUGAUUGUCCUUUAUGGAUAUUAAAAUGGAAUUAGUUGGAAUUUCUAUUAGAUCUUUGUUAGAUUUUCUUCUAUUAUCAAUCAAUGAAACCCCUUGUUUCUACCUUACAA